GCAGCAUUUUUCUUUUAUCACCAAUAGAGCACAUUGCGGGUUUUAUUGUUAAAUUUCAUCAGAUUUCUCGAAUUGUAGUGCAGUGAUUGAGUUGGCUGAUCCGACUUGGUGAUUACGCGAUGAUUAUCUUUACGAAUCAGGGAAAUCCCCUUGGAUUGAAACUACUCAUUUGUGCAAAAUUCGCUGGUAAAGAUGUGGAAGUGAAGACCGUAACUCUGAACGAUGAUCAGUUGAAAGCGAUAAAGCACCUGCCGAUCCUUCAGCUGUCGAGUGGAGUUCAGUUGUUUUCGACGGAUGUUGCGGCCAAGUAUCUGCUGCCGGACGAAACGCCCGUCAUCCAGCGCGACGAGUGGCUCGAGUGGUCCAGUACGCGGUUGGCACCGGCCCUGACCCACAAUAUGGCCGUCGGAAGUCGACAGGAUCCGAACACGAAACCGAUACUGAAUUCGCUGGUCAAGUUCUUGGACGAUUGUCUGAGUAAGAAUACGUUUCUAACGGGGGAGAAGCUGACGUCGGCUGACAUCUCCGUGUGGAGUCUGCUGGCACCGGACGGCACGCUGAAGGGAGCGCAAAAUAUCGAUAAUCUCCUGCGGUGGUAUCGUGCGAUUAACGCCAUGCCGGAAGUGAAGCAAGCACUCGAGCAGCUUCCCUUGAAGGAACUAAGUUUCGCCUCGCUGCAGCAAUCGAAUCGAUUUGGCGGUUUGCAUCACAUUGUACUCGAUCCGCAGAUCAUCGAUUUCGAAGGCCAGGUGCUGGUGGAUACUUCCGACAACAUUGCUGCUACGGUUCAGAAGGAGGAGAUUCAGCUGGCCAAGGAUUCGUUCGUUGUGGUUGCCGAUCGAGCGGGUGAGGAAGAGAAAAUUGUGCUGCCAAAGGCAGGGCAGAAGAAUAACCUAGUUACUUCGGCGCUGCCGUACGUGAACAAUGUUCCCCACUUGGGAAACAUUAUCGGUUGCGUCCUUUCGGCGGACAUUUUUGCUCGCUAUUCUCGACUUUGCGGUUACAAUACGUUGUACAUCUGUGGAACGGAUGAGUAUGGAACGGCAACGGAGACGAAGGCUUUGGCGGAAAAUCUGUCACCUAAACAGAUUUGCGAUAAGUAUUUCGAAAUUCACAACUCGAUUUAUCGUUGGUUUGGCAUUGGGUUCGAUUACUUCGGAAGAACGACCACGGAUGAGCAGACACGGAUUGUUCAGGAGAUGUUUGUAGAUUUGUACAAUGGAGGAUUCAUUGAGACGCGAGCUGUGGAUCAGUUGCUUUGUCAGAAAUGUGAACGCUAUCUGGCUGAUCGGUUCGUUGAGGGAACCUGUCCGCAUCCGGGUUGUGGUUAUGAGGAUGCCCGUGGUGAUCAGUGCGAUGCUUGUGGAAAGCUGGUUAACGCUAUCGAAUUGAUUCGUCCAAGGUGCAAGGUUUGUAACACCUCACCGGUCAUCUGCCAGUCAAGUCAAUUUUUCCUGGAUUUGCCGAAAAUCGAACCCACUCUGCGAGAAUGGGUUGAUCGAGCGGAAACCGGCUGGACACACAAUGCUCGCGUAAUCACUCGUGCAUGGCUGAAGGAAGGUCUCAAAUCCCGCUGCAUUACGCGUGAUCUCAAGUGGGGCAUUCCCGUUCCGCUUGAAGGUUACGAAGACAAGGUGUUCUAUGUGUGGUUUGAUGCGCCAAUCGGUUACAUCUCAAUGACCAGUCGAUAUAGCAAGGAAUGGCGACAGUGGUGGCAGCCAGCUCAGGACACCAAAGUCGAUCUCUACCAGUUCAUGGCCAAAGAUAAUGUUCCCUUCCACUCGGUUAUGUUCCCUGCUUCGCUGAUCGGUAUCAACAAAGGCUACACGCUCGUUUCGCACAUCAUGGCAACGGAAUAUCUCAACUAUGAGGAUGGAAAGUUCAGCAAGAGUCGUGGAAUCGGCGUUUUUGGAAACGACGCCCAAGCUACGGGCAUUCCGGCUGACGUUUGGCGUUUCUAUCUUGGUGCAGCUCGACCUGAAGGUCAGGAUUCAAGCUUCAGCUGGAACGAUCUGGCGGCUCGGAACAACAAUGAACUGCUGAAGAAUCUCGGAAACUUUGUGAACCGUGCGCUUGUUUUUUGUGAAAAAUAUUUCGAUUCGACAGUUCCACCGAUAAAGUUGAACGAUGAAGACUACACCAUGCUGGCGCUCAUUAAUCGUGAACUGAAGGGUUACAUUCAUCAGAUGGAGAGGGCUCGACUACGAGACGGGAUUCGGCAUUUGCUUACCAUCUCCCGUUACGGUAACCAGUACAUGCAAUCGGAAGAACCAUGGGUGCUAGUUAAAGGAACCGAUGACCAGAAGGCACGUGCUGGAACCGUGAUUGGCUUAUGCGCAAAUAUUGCCUGUCUCCUGGCAACCCUCAUAUUCCCCUUCAUGCCGACAACUGCCCGCAACCUUUACACUCAGUUGAACGUCCGCCCCGGCCAUCUCGACUCAGAAAAACCACAAAUGUGUAUUCUUCUGCCCAGUGGCCACAAGAUCGGCAAACCAGCCGUUCUAUUUAACAAAAUCGAGCAGAGUAAAAUCGAUGAGCUGAAGAAAAAGUAUGCCGGCACCCAGCAGCAGCAGCCGCCGCAGGCGGCAACGCCCCAAUCUCCGAAGGAUACCUCUCCUACCAGUAAACUGUUUACCGAUUUUCAAGAAGCCCAGAAAGCCGUUGACGAACAGGCCGACAAGGUACGCAAGAUGAAAUCGGCCAACACCGACAAAAGCGUCUGGAUGCCGGAGGUUAACAUUCUGAUCGAGUUGAAAAAACAGCUUCUGUCCUUCGUCCAACCCCGACUGUCGCAGAGCGUGGCAACGCCAACCGACCAGCAGCAACCAACCGCCAAGACAGGCGCUGGUAAAAAGAAGAAAAACAAACAAUAAGCUCGGCUUAGUGUCGAUUUCAAUUGGAAAUUUUCACCAUCAAAUGUUAAUAACGAAUGUUCAUUAAAAUUCGUUUCGCUUAUCGUAAAAUAAAUGUCAAU